AACACGCUGUACUUGACAGCACGCAGUUCUGCUACGUGGUUUAAAAUAGGACCAUGUGCUGAAAUCGCGCUGUGAAGACGUCAGGACGCCUGUGCGAUGACGCUGCGCUAGACGUGACGUUGUCUGUUGAUGUGACCUGCAUACCUGGGGACUCCCUCUCUUCCCAUCGCCCUCGAAACCCUUUCCCACGCCACUACAGGAUAGAAUAUACUGUACACUGUGGAUGAGUGGAUGCAGAAGAAGACACAUUAGAGAAGCUGACUCUGGGAAUUGUUGACCCCGUGCCACCGCGCGCCACAGGAAACAACACUUCUGUUCUCCAUGGCAACCGCACACAGGUGUGACGGAGCAGCGCGACCUGCCAACCCUGGUGGUUUCGCUGCAGCAGCACGCUGAAAUGCACCUGUCGCGUCCUCGCGCUGGUGAUCACGGCCUUUCUUUUUUCAGUCCCGAACAACAAGGGGAUUUAACUGAGAACGGUUGGAGUGGAGAUGUGGCCUGUUUGAAAAAUGUGCCAUGUGUAUUCUUUGCUUGCAUCACACGUGUGCCGCGUGCAUCCGAGUCCCCCCGGCGAGUGGUUGUGAAAUGACCGAGCCUGAGAUUCCCGUUCUGUCACUGCGCUUCGGAGAACAACACGUCGCACCAAGGCGUGCUCACCAUGGGAAAGCGAGCAGGAGGGCAGCCAGUCGGACUGGUAGAGUCAGCUCGCGCUGCAGGAAGUGAGCGGCUACCGUGUCUGAUGGCAGCGACAAGUCACACGCUGAACAUCUCGGCCUGUUUAAAAACCAGUUGCCUGACAGAUAAGCCAGCGCUUCAGAAGCAGUAAAAGAUGUGCACCAGCUCCACAUGAACUAACUCUGUCGCAGCAUUUAGCUGGAGACACUCGAUGAAACCCUCAGGAAUGCAGAAAGGAAUCCUACAGUUCCUGGUCACUGUCUUUGUAUUUAUUGAGAGUUUCUUUUGGGUACUGUAACCAGACAGACUGGUACACACACUCAUACAGUACAGCUGUACACAGAUUGGCAUAUGGUAGUGACCACACGCACAGCAUCUUAAACAUGGUGUCAUGGACCUGAGCUGAUGGACUGUUUUCACCAUGUGCCAUAUAUGAAAAAGGAAAAAUGAAAUUGGGUAAAUCCCGUGCAUCACUUGCAGAUAAUAUUCUGCUGCAUCCAUUCAUUCUGUUGAUUACUGUUUUUUUAUUGCCAGUUCUUGGUUGUUACCAUCCUCAUUGUGUUUCUAUAUAUUCUUUCACGCAGCCAGUGAACACAUUGUUCUUCUGUUUUCAGGGUCUACAGCUGUAGGUCAUUCAAGUGAUUAUUGCAGCAUUUAUUUCUUGUCCCUGACUUGUGCUGACUUCGCUGACAGAUCAGUUUCAUUUUUGUUUCUCCAGUUGGGGUGUUGAUGCUAAUCUCUUAGCUUGGUCCAAAAGCUUGGUGUAAGUUUUGUAAAGACUGCCAACCAACGGGCAAAUUAAACACCUCUUCAGCCUCCCAGACAGGCGGCGCUAUUACCACUAACGUAAUAUUAGGAGCUGACAGCAGAAGAAGACGGCAGCCGUAGAAUAGCGUCCACGAAGAAGAAAGCGGCGCCCACAGUGUCAUGCAAUACAGCACCAAGGUUAUUCCAACGAUACUGGAGAGAAAUAUGAAUAUCAUCUGAUGUAAAAAGAGCGUCACUACUUCGGUCAUCAUGAGCAUUCCAUCGUUGCUCUCCUCCGCCACCCGAAGGUUCAUCCUGUCUUGUCCCGCCUCCCGCAGCUCUGUCACAAGAAAUAUGUCCUCCAAAAGACAAAUGGACCACCUAGAGAGGACAGCAAACAACUACAGACAGGACGGUCUGUAUCCAGCUCAAGUUUGUGGAAUCAUGAAUGAGUCUGAGACAGUAAAACGCGUGAGGGUAGCUGUCCAUCCAGACUUCAGCUUCAAAGCUGGACAGUGGGUGGAUCUCUUUAUCCCUGAUGUGGAGACGGUGGGAGGGUUCUCCAUGUGCUCCAGCCCAGGUCUGCUGCAGCGCGAGGGCGUUGUUGAGCUGGCUGUGAAACAUGCCAAACAUCCCCCUGCACACUGGAUCCAUACCGGGUGUGCGUUAGGCUCCCGUGUGGCCAUGCGUGUCGGUGGGGACUUUUUCUUCGACCCAUCGCCCUCCGACCCUUCCGUUGAUUUGCUGCUGGUGGCCGGUGGUGUUGGGAUCAACCCUCUUUACUCCAUUUUACUUCACACGAUAGAUUUACUGCAUCUGAACCGUGCCUCGGGGGGUCGGGACUACAACAUUGGGUCUGCUCACUUAUGCUACAGCGCCAAGAACACCCAGGAGCUGCUCUUUAAGAGCUCUGUCAUCAAGGCGUGUCAGGAGUUCCCCGACAAGUUCUCCUGUGACUUCCAUGUCACGCAACAGAGCACAGAUGUCGACCCACACCUCCAGCCAUUUGUCAACCGCAGGAGAAUUACAAAGGAGGAGCUGCAUGCCCACGUGGACCCACAGAGGACUUUGUGUUACCUUUGUGGGCCACCGCCCAUGAUUGAAGCAAUUUCGCAAACCCUUAUGGACCUCAGCCUGCCAAAAGAUCGGAUUCUCUUUGAGAAGUGGUGGUAGAAAAGCCUACGAUUACCAGAAGCCAAUAGGUUUCUCCUCGUGGCCCUUGGGUAGAGAAUGAGUGGGGUGAGGAUGGAAAACAAGAGAAUUAUUCCACUGGUGUGAACUUGAGUAUGUGUGCGACUGCUCGAGGAAAUUCAUCCUCUGAUUCCUGAUGCUGUAGCCUGUGCCUGAACAGUGAUAGUCGGCUCUGACCACUCGCUCCACAGCCAGCUGUUGACUUACAAAGACAAUGGAUGUGAAAUGUAUUACUAGUACUUUAAUAAGAUGAAUUUUAGAAUUUCAGUUUUACGGCAUUGUUGAACUUACAACUGUGUUGAAACAGUUUUAUUGAGGUGCAUUAUAUUAUGAGAUGGUUCUAAUGUUUUGGCUGUUUAAUUAUUUUUAAAUAUGAAGCAAUAGAAUCGCAUAGACACUUCCAGCAAAUACAGUAAUUGUCACAACACAGCUCAUAAGUGUAAACAUCAGGGAGUAGGACAGAUAAAGUGCAACAAUGGGACUGUGUACUGUGAUUUUGUGUUUGUUGAAGUGAAUCCGUUUUUUAUUUUAAAUACCUCUAAUUUGGCAACACAAUCUUACCCAUGUUCUACUGUGUAUAUAUGUACUUUAAUAUGUAAGAGCAUGGAGAUAUUUAUUUUCAGAACUGAAGAUUUUACAGUGCUUGAGUUUCUUUGAGGCCAUUUCAUAUAGUGUUUCUUCCACAGUUGCACACGUCCACAUACCUAUAAACGGUUUUUACAUCCCGGGGUGGAGGGAGUAUCCCACGGUGCACUGUAAUAGAACCUCCAGGUGGUCUCUGAUUGGUUUGCCUCACUGAACAUCCCUCUGAUGGUGGCAAGCUUCCAGUUGUUGUCUCUCCGUGGGGGUUGUGCCAUUGAGACUCGCUUUGGCGUUGUUUCGUUAUCAUAUGAAGAACUUUUAUUGCUGUGACAUUAGAGUUACAGAUAAAAGGAAAUGGAGUCUAUCUGUUUUUAAAAGACUUUAUUGACCUCUGCCUUUUUUAUAAAGGCUUACAUGUCACACUAUACACACAGCACAGUUAAGCCAGAAAAGGUAAUAAAUAGGUUUUUCUAAUUUACACAUGGUCUAAAGAGGAAAUCUCAGUUACAAAAAGCAAGUCGCUUCUAGCCAGAGCGUUUGAAAUCUGGCUAAACAAAACUAAACUACAAACAGUUUUACAUUUGGGUUCACCUUUUUACAAUUUUCUCUAAAAUAUAUUUAAGUUGUUUUUAGUUUAUGGGAAUGAUGCUUUUGAUUAUUGAUGCAAAAUUAUUUAAAUAAUUCAACACACAAAACAUCUUAUGGACACAAAUGUUUGAGUCCACUUUUCAACCUCCAAUGCAUCUGAUAGUUAAUAUUAAACAUCCAGUUUUCCACUGGUCGUUCCUGAGCUGCUGCUGCUCCUCUUCGAGUUUGGACGGUCGCCUGCUCCCAGUUUCAGCUGUUUCCAUGGGCAGACUACUUUUUUUUCUCCUUGACAGUCCUCAGAUUUCAUUUUGCGCUGAACAUGUUGAAGGCCUUCUGUACCAGAUGCAAUAAAGCAUAAUAUAAAGGU